GCUACAAUGAAAAAUGCAAUAGAUGAAAACCACAUGAAUAAAUCAUAUUUCUCUAACAACGUGUAUCAAAGUCCAGAACGCGUGGGUGCAGAACGUCUAGCGUUCUUGUUGUUUACCUACUAGUGUUUAAUUCUCUAUAGUUGCGCGUCUAAUUGUGUGAUACAAGUUGAGUCCUACUCAUCGUGUGAUAUAAGUAGAAAAACGUGUAGAAAAAAUGUUGUUGCCGGAAGGGACGUUCGAAGGAAACGUUCUAACCGGCGAAACACUGGGGCUUGCGGGCAUUGCCACGUGUACCUUUUUUACCUUCUGGCUCUGGAUGUGCUCAUGGCAGGAAAAGGGUGCAAGCUAUUUCUACCUCGGCGUCGCUUUCACGUCAUCAGCGGCUGAGCUAGCGCUUUUCACUUACCCAUACUAUUCAGGAUCGACAGGUAGUAAUUAAUCUAUAUCCUUUUCUAGUCAGAUAUUUAAGAACUUCCUUAGGUCGUUUACUUAGAUAUUCGUUAGUUGUGGAGAACGCCAUGAAUAAGAACUGUUUGGAGAAGUAUGGAUGCCCCUUGUUGGAACAGUGUGGUAUUUUGGUAGAACAGAUGACUAUCGGAAAGAGCAUAGGAUUUGGGAUUGCAGUCAUGUUCUUCGCUGUCGACAUCUGAUUACCACUGAAGUUUUCCUCCCUGGCCGUGUCCUCGAUCUCUCCCUAAAUAUUUUCUACAUCCGCGUCUGCAGUUGUUACAAUGAUACGUGGAAUAUGCUUCUCUCCUUCACUCUUCUAGGCCAACCAUUGAUAUUGAUUCUCCAGGUAAGACUCCAGUUGAUGCGGGAGGCAACUUUGUGGAUGUGACACAUUACAAUUUGGAACUUCUUGCGUGGAGUGCCGUCUGGGCGAUCAUGAUGGCCGUGUGCGUGGUCGAUUCCCUCAUUUACAUGCCACUCGACACCUACAAGCUAUUGAAAAAAGGAGAAGCGAUUCCCGGAUUCGUCUAUCAGGUAAUCCUGGCAACUAAUACUUGGCGGUAUGAUAGUCACUUCCGACGAAUGUGAAGUGUGAUAUUAUUGGUCAUUCAAUAAUAAGUUUCAAGGCAGUUCGUCACGUUGUCUAUUUUGACUUUAGUACUAUGUGAGCGUACAGAGUCCCGAUAAACGAGGGUUUGUUCUACAAUGUAAGUUUAGCAGUAGAAACGUUUACGAUUGUCACAUCCUUUUCAGGUGUACUAUCAUCACAUUUUGGGCCUUCUUGGAAUGGUUCCGAGCUUCCUUCAUUUAAAAGCCCUGGGGGGAUAUGACCUUACUCGUCCUCCGACGGCAUCAAGCGCAGACUUCGAAAAAUUGACUCUCCUGAACACGCUGCGCUUCUGCAAUAGGUAGAAAAUGCAUAAGUCUAACGUUGCAUUAUUUAUGCAGAAAAUUCUAGGCGAGAUUCCUUUAGGAAAUUUGGCGUUUGGCACUUGAAUUUGUGACCUUGAUGUUCAUCAGUUCAACUGAUAUAUAGAUUCUUAGAUUUCAACAAGGAGUGGUGUUUUACCUGCUGAAAACUCCAGGUUCGUGUAUUUUUCGGAGUUUUCCACGAUAUUCUUGCACUCACGGAAUAUCAUGCGUCUCAAGGCACUUGAGACAGGAAUUCCGACUCCUACUAACUUGCGGAUAGGAGCAGGACUUGCGUUUGCCUUUUCUUAAGGCUCACUGUAUUUCAUUUCCACAGGUCGUUUGAAUCCUGAAAAAAUGAACGUUAGAAACUGAGUGGCUGUGAUUUUUUCUUUUUUUUUAUGCCGUAACAUGCGCGCUAAUCUCCGUUUUUUUUAUGCCGUAUCCUGCCAAUGGGUUGGGGAGUGCUCCAGUGCCUCAACUGCGGAGUUCCGUUUCUGAGUAACUUGCUCGCGCAAGUCCUGGAGAUCUCGCGGGUCGCGGGCCUGGCCUCCUGGCUCUUUCCGCAACAAGUAGUAGAGCAGGGCCCGAUCGCCUUUCCACAGUACCAAAUCACCGCAGGCGUCGCAGCUUGCUACUUCGGGUUCUGCUUUUUGAACUUCUAUUGGGGCUAUGAAAUUUGGAAGGGAGUCUCGAAAGCCUUGGGCUUCGGUGGUGCAAAAGCAGAGAAAGGAAAAAAGAAAGCCUAGAGAUACUCCACGACCUCUUAGCAAACUCCCUUUAUUACAACAACUACUCACAACUCUAGUACCACCGGUGUCAGCUCCCUCGAGAACUACCGCUACUCACAAUUCUAGUAUUACUCACAACAGUAGUAAUGGUCGCUUGAAUCAACAGGAUGACAGGCGCGCUGGUGUCCUCAAGUUUUCCUGGCAUAUACUGUAGUAGUAGCACCUCCCCGAAUCCAUCAUGGGAAGGGCAAAGAUUCAGCCCCCGGUAGGCUCCUUUAGUUCAAAGGCUCGUUUGGUCAUGUACUGGAUACAUAUUUUUUUUUUGUGCAGAAACUGAGAGGUUUUUCUCGAUGAAUUGCUUUUGCGGAAUAAGAAGCCACGAAGUUUUCGUAUCAGAUUCUUUUGUGCCGUCGCAUUUCCCAAUGAGCUGUUCUGAUUCAAAAAUUUUAUACUUGAAGAGGCAGAGGCUCCUCCCUCUUAUUUCUUUUUUCGGCACACCAAAAGCUGUUGGUGGUAAGUGAUUAGUUGAGUGUCACAUGUUGCAGAGCCUUAUUAAAUGCACCCCGAAGCAACGGUCUCACUUCGAAGGCCCAUUGCUGGCAAAAUUGGCGAGUUACGCAUCCCAUUAGCGGAAUAUCGGUUGCCUUCCACUUGUAAUAUGGGGGGGGUAGCGUGACUGAGUGGGUGACGGCGAGUAGAACAAAGUUUCUGAUAUUUUCAACUGGCAAGUUGAGAAUUAAGAUUGGAAUGAAACGUUUCUCUGCGUUGUUGAGACCACAGUCACAGGAUCCUGUGUCGAGACACUAAUUUGUUGUUCACUAGAUUGCGACAACGAAAGGUAUCCGACUUACGUCCUUGUGAUACAUAGCCAUUCCUUAAUAAGAAUGCUACGUCUUAUUUUCAUACCGAAAAAAAUGCAUUAUCUACUAGUCUAUUUUCUUUGUUGAAAAAUGCCCUCGUUUUCUGAUUUUUUUUUUGCGCUCUACUGCAUUCACGCACGCUGCACAUGUUUACAUAAAGUUGAAGAUACUGUUGCUCGCCCAAUUCUGUGAGCCAUUGCAUCCAUGCAUUAUUUUAUUGUGCAUAGCAUGAGCAUAUCUACCUUCCGCUUGUGGCAGUCUUGGAAACGUCUUGAGAAAGCACGUUAAUUAAGUCAUCGUCUUCGUUCGUUGGCUGUUUCCGAAACUAUGAGUUUUCUAGAUGCCCACUCUCGUUGAUUUCCACAUUUCCAGAAUCGAUUUCAAAAGAGAUACCACGAAAAUUGAAGGCGCCUGUCAAUUCAUUGCAUUUCUCAUUCGAAAAAUCAAGCGUCUACCAAAGUGUCUGGAGACCUGGCAGGAAGAUGAAAAGUGAAGCAAAAGUUGUCC